AUGAGUCAAAAGGAAGAUCUGGAGAAGUUGCAGGCUGGCAUUGUUCUUUUUGACCCGGAUGGAGUUAAAAAGGAAGAGGAAACCAUCACAUUGGACCAGACCAAAGAUCCUGAAGGUAAAAGUUACGUGUCUGAGGUAAAAGGUGAGGACCAUCAGUGGAAACCUGAGGAAGGGGCAGCUGAAGAGAACGGGUGCAACAAUGUUGUGCACAAGGAACCCGUGAAAGGUGCCCAAGAACUGUGGAGGCCUCAGGGGAACUCUCUGGAAAAGACUGCAGCUAACUCCGUUCCUUCCUGGGGAAGUGAACUCCCCAGCCGGGAGGGACUCCGUGUAGGCGAACGGCAGAAGAGUUCGCUCGGCAGCACAGCUCAAGACGAGCAGGCCAUAUACCAGUGCUUGUACUGUAAGAAGUCCUUCAACGCCCACUUUAAAUUGAUUAGACACCACAGAAUCCACACCGGGGAGAAACCGUACAGGUGUUUGGAUUGCGGGAAGAGCUUUGACCAAAAAGGCAACCUCAUCGCGCAUGCGAGAAUCCACACGGGGGAAAAACCGUUCGUGUGUCCCGAUUGUGGGAAAAACUUCAGCCACAAAGGGAGCCUGGUUUUGCACGUGAGGACCCACACGGGAGAGAAACCCUACAAAUGCCCGGACUGCGGGAAAAGGUUCAGCCGAUCUGGGUCCCUGAAAGAACACGAGAAGACCCACACCGGCGAGAGACCGUACACUUGCUUGGACUGCGGGAGAAGUUUCAGAAAGAACUCCGAGCUGGCCACCCAUUACAGGUUUCACACAGGCGAGAAGCCGUAUAAAUGUUCAGGCUGCGAGAAGUCCUUCAGCACCAGCUCUAACCUCAUUGCGCAUCAAAGGACUCACACCGGAGAAAAACCCUACAAAUGCUGCGACUGUGGGAAAAGAUUCAGCCAGGCCGGAAACCUGAAAGAACACGAGAGGACUCAUACCGGAGAGAAGCCGUACAAGUGUCCAGACUGUGGGAAAAGCUUCAGGCAAAUCUCUUACUUUAUGAAGCAUCACCAGACUCACCUACCGGAAGGGAAAAUGCCAAUGGAGGAGAAACCCUAUAAAUGCUCUGACUGCGGGAAAGGCUUUGGAGAGAAAGCAAGCCUGGGCAGGCACGAAAGAAUCCACACGGGAGAGAAGCCGUUCAAAUGCUCUGAUUGCGGGAAGAGCUUCUGCCUCAAAUCAAACCUGGUUGUCCACGUGAGAAUCCACACCGGAGAGAAACCGUACAAAUGCUCCGAGUGCGGGAAGCGCUUCAACCAGACGUCAAGUCUUCAUAAUCACGAGAGAACCCACAAGGGGGAGGAGCCCCAUAAAUGUUCAGAAUGCGGGAAAAGCUUCAACAGGCCGUCGCAGCUGAAGACGCACGAGAGAAUCCACACCGGAGAGAAACCCUUCAAGUGCUCGGAAUGCGGGAAAGGCUUUGUUUACAGUCACCAUCUUGUUAGGCACCAGAGGAAUCACACGGAAGAGAAACCUUACAUCUGCUCCAAAUGUGGAAAGGGGUUUAGUCACAAAUCCACCCUUAUUAGACAUCAGGGAAUCCAUAAAGAAGGGAAAAAAUAG